AUGACAGAUAAAAUAGGUUUACUUUAUGUGAGGAAUAAAAACACGGUCCAAUGUUUAGUAGAGGACAUCACCAGUAAACUCGGAAAGCAGCAUGUGGUUGACGCAGGCAUCGAGGAAGCAUUCAUACUGAACAAGAAACUAACUUCCAUUGGAAUGAGAUUUGGUGAAAGUCUCAAGAGAUGCAAGUCUCUCAUAGUCAUUACAGAUAACGCCUAUUGGGACAGCUUAUGGAAUGAGGGUUCAAAGAAAAUCCACAAUAAACUAGACGGUAUAGCAAAGCGUUUCCACCAUAGGGAAUGUUUCAAUGUGCUGCUUGAGGAUGAAGAAGAUGACAUAGUAAGAUUUCAAAUCGAGAGCAUCCUGUUCGUUGGUUGUAAUAUAAGCCAGGAAUUACAGCAGGAAUUCUUUCCAAAACCUAUUCGCAAUGAACCGUACUUCAUCAGUGAUGAGCACCUUACGGAAUAUCCGCCUAGAAAAACUCACAAACACAAAGCAUCUCAAAUGAUUCUUUCUUUAAAUGAAAAUGCACCAGAUACUUUUGAAAGAUUAGCAGGACAAAUUUUUGACGAGAUCGCAAAACACGGAUUUCCUAACACGAACUUUACACAAGAUUUUUUGACGUAUCCCCCUCCUGCAACAAACAAUCUAAAGCAGUCAAUGUCUACGAGGAAGUUAUAUUACCCCAGAAAUAUAAUUCCUCGUAAUAAUGUCCGUUGUACAUAUAUCAUUUCCUCCACAGAUAAAGAUGAUGGAGCUGAAGAAGGCAACUAUUAUCCUUUUGAGAGUCCUGGACUGUGUCUUUACAUAGGUGUACUAGAGUUUGAUCAAGAGAACUCUGAAAUAUCUUUAGAGAAUAGACAUUCCGCAUGUAUGGAAUACGAAAAGAUUAAAAGAACUUUUGAACGUCUUGGGUGUAUUUUUGAAAAGAAAACAAAUCCAACAGACCAAGAGGCACUAGAAUUUUUAAAAGAAGGAAUAGAAAGGUGUAAUAAAAUGAAACCCAGCUAUUUUGUACUGGUUAUCAGUACUCACGGACAAGAGGUACCUAUGGUGAUAAAAGAGGACAAGCAAACUGAAGAACAUCCAUUUGGAAACGUACAAAAAGAAUAUUCUCAGACUGAAAUGGUGCAUCAGCUUUUCUUCUAUAAUGGAAAGUCUCUUUUAACCAGGGACAUUAUCAAAAUGUUUGAUCACCAGAGUUGUCCAACUCUUAAAAGCAAACCCUGCUUUUUCUUUAUUCAGGCUUGCAGAAGCCGCUUUGGAUUAGAUGGUCAUAAAAAUUUUGAUCCUGGAGUUUUUGUGAAUGUGUUUACCCCAGUGGGGGAAAUUGUAGACAUUCAGGAGCUCGAGGGCCCCGACUGUAACGAUGCCUCUGGGGAACCCCGACAGCUGGAUAAAUCAGACGCCAAGCGAAGUAAAAUGAAUCAGACUGAAGAGGAACAAAAAACCAGAUUAAAACAAAUUCAUGAGUGGAAAAUUGCAGUACUACAUAGACAUAUCUUGGAUUACAGAACAUAUCUGUCAAACGACCUCACAGUUUCAGCACAGGAAGCACAGAAGACAGAUGAAACAGCCACUAAAUUAAAUGAGACUUUACGUGCAGAGGGUUUCACAGAAGAUCAGGUGAAAGAACUAGGGAAUAAAUGUCAAGGGUUUGAACAAGAGAUUCUGGAUUUCUUUUUCCCAGAGCCUAUAAUAAGUGAUCCACCACCUUGUGUCAAUGACGCUUUAGUCAUGUUUGCCUCUGCUCCAGGAAAGGAGGCUUACAACAGAGAUAAACAAGGAGGAUGGCUGAUCACAAACCUGGUAGCUCAGCUCAACGAAACGCUGGACACAGAGUCUGAGAAGAUAGAUCUGCUGGCGGAGCUGACAAAGGUCUCUGGGAGAAUAGCUUAUAGAUAUGAGACAGAUACAGACACCGUUGAAAGCAGUGGUCACAAGUCAGUGCCCUGUCUGUAUCACAAGCUCAGCAGGGAUGUUAUUAUAUGGCCGAACAAGAUUAAAAAUGCAAGAGAACUAUGCGAUUUAGAGAUGUAA